GAGAGAGAGAGAGAGAGAGAGAGAGAGAGAGAGAUGUCUGAUCCGUAAAAGUUGGCACAUUUAAUCAUUUUUUUACCCACAAUCUGGGGACAACAACUGCAAUGUGGGGACAAAUUUUAUGUCCCAACAUCAACGGUGCUUAUUUCAAAGCUAAGGUUCAGCCCGCAGUUUUUGUAACAAAAAAUUAGUGUUGGGACAGUUGUCCCCAUGAAAUCAUCUCUCACUCUCAUUUCCUAAUUUUGUCGAGGAGUACAUUUACGAGAUCAUUCGGAGCACCUCGCCAUUAACCUAAAAUUUAUGUAUAAGGGAAAGGACCGAAGUGCUACGAUUGGUACCGGAAGUGUCCCGUUUAAUCAUUCGGAUAUCCAAAAUAUUACGCGCGAGGCAUUUAAAGAUGGCGACAACUAAACGUAAAGUUUUCUUUACUUAUGCCACUUGUUUCUUUCAGCUUUUGAUAUGAUUUCAUUUAUUGUACGCUUUUUAACAAAGAAUAAUGUUUAAACUGGCGUCCCUUUGGCUAUUUCUUAGAUAAAAGGCAAUGGCGGUCCACUGUCAUGACGUCCCACUUUUAAUGUUUAUACUCCAGUAGACGUGAAAAAAGUUGUUUAUUUUUAAUUGUGACAUCAGGGACCAUACAAGACCGGGACGAGCAACUAUAGAUUAGCGUCACACUCAAUGAGUUCAGUCAGACGCAGACAUAAUGGCAUUUAAAUGAAUUUCCUGAUGCUUUAAGCUGAUUAUAGGGAUAAACAUUAUUAACAGCAUCGUAAAUAAACAUCAGGGAAAUUGUUCUAUCGGGACAGUAUUUCUGAAUUAUGUAUAACAGAAUCCUUUGCAAAAGUAAGUGUCAAGCCCUAGGUACUUAAUAAAAACUACCUUUCCUGUGUCAAAGGUUGGUCACUGACUUUGAUUUUAUUCAAUGUUUUGUUUAUGUAUCCUUUUAAAUUUUCAGUGCUUUGAAAGGGGUGGGAAAAAGUGUGAUAUUUAUGAUCUUUUCCUGAUAUUUUCCAUAGGACGUAAAAGACUUGAUCCGCUUCAGACAGCAAAACUAUGGAUAGAAAAAGAGGAGGAUCCGCCUGGCUUUAGAAUUUCACACUUUGGCAUAAAAGGUAGGGGUAUAGUGACAAAAGUGGAAAGAUGGCAGGGUGACUUCCUUCUGGUAUAUAAAGGUGAGACUAUAAGUGCUGAAGAAGGAGAGAGAAGGGAAGAAAAAGAUGGUGGUUCAGACUUCCGAUUUUUCUUCAAAGAUCUGUGCAUUGAUGCAACUGUAGAAAGUGGGUAUUUAUGUAGAUUGGUAAAUCAUGGAGGCAAGCAUGAAAGAAAUGCAGUUAUGAAAGAAAUUAAUGGAAAUCUUUGUUUGUUUACAUCAAGAUUUAUCAAGCCAGGGGAGGAAAUUCUGUACGAUUAUGGAGUUAAAAACUUACCUUGGGAAAAGAAAACUUGUAAGACACAGGUUGGUAUUGAGAGAAAAGGUGACCCAGGGUUGUUUAUUAACUUUGAAGAAAAGGAAAUUAAGGAUAGGAGGAUUAGCACUGAGGAUAAACAGUCAGAAAACUAUGGUUUAGAGGCUUUGGAGGCUGCAUACAAGACCCAGCAUACACCUUGCGAUCUUAAUAUUUCAAGUAGGGACAAGAAUACAACUACAAAUGAAGACAAGGAUGGUCAUACAGAAAAAGGGCAAAAUGACAAAAUGGGUCCAGACCUUAAAAUUCAAGGACUAGAUGUAAAUAUGGCUACAGCAAGUUGUACUGCAAUGGAUGUUGAAAUAAGUAAUGUUUAUGAAGAUCAACAACUGAAUGUACAAGGACUAGAGAUAAAUCCAGGUAAAGCCAUUGAUACUAUGAAUUCAAAUGAAGUAUUUGCACAUGCAGACAUAAAUAAUAAAGAAAAAAUAAAAAAUGACAAUGAAGAUCAAGACCUAGAAGUUCAAGUGGAUAAAGUCAGUAAUACUGCUAUGAAUAUUGAAAUAGAUAAUGUUGAUAAUAGAACUGGUGAUACAGAAAAAGAUUUAAAACAUUGGAACAGAAAAAAAUAUAUAAUUUCAAAUGAAGUAUUAACUCAUACAGACAUUAAUAAUAACAAGGAAAAAAGAAAAAAUGACUAUGAGGAUCAAGAUCUGGAAGUUCUAAGGGGUGAAGUCAUUGUUGUUGCUAUGGAUAUUGAAAAUAAUGAUGCUGAUAAUAAAACUGGUGGUACAGAAAAUGAUUUAGAAGAUUGGAACAGAGAAAAUAAUAUGACUUCAAAUGAAGUAAUAACUCAUGCUGACAUUAAUAGUGAUACAGAAGAGCAACAAUAUGAUGAGGGUCAAGUACUUGUAAUUCAAGGGCCUGAGAUAGAUGAGGUUAACGCCAAUGAUAUUGCUGUGGAUAUUGAAAUAAAUAAUUUUGGCAAUAGUACUGGUAAUACAUAUAAUGAUUCAGAACCCUCUUACAGAGAAAUUGAUUCAGCUACAAAUGAAGUAUAUACUGAUGAAAGUGAAGAUAUUUACACAGCACAACUACUAAAUGCAAAGGAGGAGCAAGUUUUCAAAAUUCAAGGACCAGAGAUGGAUGCUGGUAAAGUCAAAGAUACUUUAAUUGAUAUUGCAAUAGUUGAUAUUGGUAAUAGAAUUAGUGAUUCAAAGAGUGUUUCAGGAUUUGACAUUGAUCAUGAAUGUGAUUUAUUUAAUAGUAAGGAAAAAGUUGAAUUAACUAAUUCUGAUUUUGAAAAUAUGUCCUGUACUGAUAUACAAGAAAAACAUUUUAUUGAAAUGGAUAAAGAAGCAGAUAUAGAAAUUCAAAGAUGGAUAAGGUGUAGAGAAAGUAAGAGACAAGAUCAAAGAGUAGAAAUUAUUGAUGAGGAAGUGAUUAAUCAGAAUGCUGAAGGACAGUAUUAUCAGAGAGAUGUUACUGGUUUAGAAGAUCAUAAAAAUGUAACUGAUAUAGAAGUACAUGUAAUUAAAAAUAUUGAUGGACCUGAACUACAUAAUGUGAAAGAGGGAUCUGACUCGUUUUCAGAGCAAGCAAAUAUUGGUAGUAUAAGCAACAAGAUUUCACUACUGCAAAACACAGGUAAAUGGGGAGCAGUGGCUAUAGUAAAAGGAGGGGAAGAAAUUGGUGUUUAUCCAAUGGAAACUGAUCUUCUGUCUAUCGGAAGUGCUGAGACAGAUGACAUUAGAGUGAAAACAGCAGUAAAACAUGAGGCAUUAAUAGAAGUAAACCAGCAGGGAGAGAUAUUUCUGGUUAAUUCAAGUACUCAGAAAGUUGAGCGCCUCUCUGAUAAUACUAUCUUUGAAGUUGGUGGGAGAGCAUUAAAAUGGAAAGCUAAGACAGGUACUUGUCAACAAGAUGAAAAGGUGGAGUUAGUUGUUUUGAGAGAAAACAAUGCUUUCAAACUGGCUGGUUAUGGUGAGCAACAGCAAAGCAACAUGAUUACAGACAGCAAAAUGCAUGGCUUUGUACCAAAUUCAGACUCUGAAGCUGAAUCUGAUGUGGUUCCCUACCCGAAGCUGAGCUCCAUUGUGGUGACAAAUGCUGACUCUACAACUUCAUCAAUGUCUGAAGAAAAGCAGAGGAAGAAAGUUAUCUCAGUACGUAAUAAAGAGGAUCGUGCUGGAAAAGUUGACUACUCAAAGAGACAUGCUUGCAUUUUUUGUGGACAGUUAGACCUGAAAAUUGCCAGACAUUUAUGUAGCAAAAAACAUGAAAAUGAAGAACUUAUAGCACGACUGCCACCUGUUUCGAAGCCGGGAAGUGAACUCCAGAAAAGGCGUGAAAAAACUUUAAAUGCACUGAGAAAUGAGGGUGAUUUUAUAUAUAACAUUGACAUUCUUAAAUCAGGAAGUAAGAAUCAAAGUGGAAUAAUAGUUGCAAAACGACCAUCGGAAGGAAGUCACAAUGCAGAAGAUUAUUUACCAUGUAGAUAUUGUCUGAGAUUCUAUGUACAAACUGAACUGUGGAGGCAUAGUGUUAAUUGCUCCUUUAGACAAGAUCCUAUUGUGAAUGAAUCUAACAAAAGUGAUGAAAAAGAAUCUUCAAGAUUCAUUAAAUCAGGCAGGAUGUUGCUGCAUGGAGCUGGUGUCCAUCUUCACAGUGGAGAAACAUCUUGGGAGGAUGACGAAUUUUAUACAUACGUGUUGGGUGCUUUACAAAAUGAUACAAUUGGUCGAAGCUUAAAGAGAGAUUCUGGACUUAUUCUCUAUGGAAAAACUGAGUUUGAAAGACUGGGAAGAAGGAGGGCAAAUGAGGUUAGAUACAGGAUGAGGCUUCUUGAAAGGAUUAAAACUGUUGUGAAGUCUUUGCAUGAAUCAGACAGUUCUUUUGAUAUGGAGUCACUGUUAACCCCAGAUAGGUUCCCAUCAUUCAUACAGGCUGUGAGGACUGUUGUUGGCAUAUCAGAAGAGAGAAGUUUGAAUGGAGUAAUGAUGUUUGACAAGCCAGAGCUUGCAAGAAAGGUUGGCCAGAUGAUAAGGAAGUUCGCUGAAAUGUGUGAAGGACGGUCUGUUGUGAAUGGAAAUCGAGAAGCAAGACAGAGUGUUACAGACUUUCUCUUCCUAUAUACAAGUCAGUGGAAAUCAAAGAUCGGAAGUAUAGCGCAUCAAACAAGUGCUGAGAAAAAAUUCAACAGAAAAACUGCAUUACCUCUUACAGAGGACCUGAAGAAGAUGCAACAGCACCUUGAUAAAGAAAUUGUUGAGCGAGGUAAUAAGCUACAGAAAUUUCCUUGCUCACAAACUUGGAAGGAGUUUGCAAAAGUGCUUCUUACAAAGUUGACAUUAUUCAAUUUUCGUCGGGGAAACGAAUGUGCAGCCAUGCAGGUUGCCAAGUUUCAGCAAAGAAAUGAUUGGAAGCUCGAUAACCAGGAGAUAUACCAGUCCCUUCAGAGAUUUGAACAAGAAUUAGCCCAGAGAAUGGACUUGGUUGAAGUAAUGGGGAAGAGGAAUAGAAAAGUACCUGUUCUCCUAACCCAACCAAUGAAGGCUGGCAUAGAAAGACUAAUACAAUUUAGAGACAUUUGUGGCGUACAUCCAGAAAAUAUCUAUGUCUUUGCCAAGGGUCAGAAGUCUUUCAUUGAAGGCAGUGAUGCACUGCGGUGUGUUCUUGAACAAGUGCAGGACCUCAAGCGACCAGAAUUACUUCGUUUCCCUUCAAUGCGCAAGUACCUGGCCACAGUUAUUCAGGUACAUAAUUACUCAUUUAGAUACUACUCCAGGAAUAUAUGUAAAUCAAUAAGGCAUGAAGGAUGAA